AUGAUUAGAACACUUUUAAGUAGCAACACUAAGAGGUGUUUGGUGCGUUAUAGUUCUUCUUCAACGUCUGCUUUAGCUUACAAGCAAUUGCAUAGACAUGCAGCAAGACCUCCUUUACCUACGCUAGAAACUCCAUCAUGGGAUGCUAAUAGUGCUGUGUCAUCAAUUCUUUACGAAACACCAGCCCCUUCACGCCAACCAAGAAAACAACAUGUUUUAAACUGUUUGGUUCAAAACGAACCAGGUGUCCUUUCAAGAAUUUCCGGUACAUUAGCCGCAAGAGGUUUUAAUAUCGAUUCCUUAGUUGUAUGUAACACAGAAGUCAAGGAUUUGAGUAGAAUGACUAUUGUCUUACAAGGUCAAGAUGGUGUUGUUGAACAAGCUAGAAGACAGAUCGAAGAUUUAGUCCCUGUUUAUGCCGUCUUAAAUUACACCAACUCUCAAAUUAUUAAAAGAGAACUAGUGAUGGCACGUAUUUCCUUAUUAGGUACUGAAUAUUUUGAAGAUUUAUUGUUACAUCAUCAUAAAAGUACCAGUGAUGUCGAUCAAACUCAAGAAUUAGUUAACGAGAUUAGAGAAAAGAAGUUUCAUCCUUCUAAUCUACCAGCAAGUGAAGUAUUAAGAUUAAAACAUGAACAUUUGAAUGAUAUUACAAACUUAGCAAACAACUUCGGUGGUAGAGUCGUUGAUAUUAGUGAAACAAGUUGUAUCGUUGAACUUUCUGCCAAACCAACCCGUAUUUCAGCUUUCCUGAAAUUGAUCGAGCCAUUCGGUGUUUUGGAAUGUGCAAGAAGUGGUAUGAUGGCUUUACCAAGAACACCUUUGAAGACUACUGCAGAAGAAGCAGAAGAAGCGGAUAGCGAGAGCAAGAUUAAUGAUAUUGUUGAUAUUUCUCAAUUACCACCUGGUUAA